UUUGAAGUGUGGCGGGUGUGUGUAGCAUGCUGUGAGACAAGGUGGGGAAUAUGCCAAAGAAGUAAGUCCAAUUUAGGCCACCUGCUUUUGUUCUCAUGAAUCAAUCAAAUUCCCAUGAAAACAAGAGUAGGUUAGGUUCCGUUUCUCAGUUUCCAUGGAACAACCGAAAACUUGUUGGUGUUUGAAAAAAUUGCUCUAUUUUUUUUCUCUAAUCCCAAGGCCCUAUUGAGAGAGAGAGAGAGAGAGAGAGAGAGUUUUUGGACUUUCACAUGUUCCUUAAUGGCAAAUAGCUAAUCAGCUGCUCAGAGGCUAAAGGUACCUUGAAGACAGUGCGUGUCUUCUUCUAGGCUUCUGCUUCUUCCUCAUGUCAUACCGGGUAAAGACUGCGGAGAAAAAGCAAGUUGGUGCCCGUGAAUGUGGUUUGCUGGUAUUUCUGGUCGUUAAUAAUGAUGCAUUGGCUUGUUUUGAUGUGGGUUUUUGAUUGUGGGGUGUGUUGAAGUUGCAGGCAGCCUGCAGGAGGAGGAAAAAAGGGUGUGUUGAAAGUUGUGUUUAGAUUUGUUUGUGGGAGUGGGUCGGGUAUGAAACACAAGGGAGGCUCAGAUCAUGUGGUUGGAGCAGGGAAAGUGGUGGUGGUUGCCGUUAAAGCUUCCAAGGAAAUCUCAAAGGCAGCUCUGGUUUGGGCUCUGACUCAUGUCGUUCAACCUGGGGAUUGCAUUAAGCUUCUGGUCGUCAUUCCUUCUCAGACCUCAAGUAAAAGGAUGUGGGAUUUCUCCAGAUUUACCAGUGAUUGCGCUUUUGGUCAUCAUAAAUCUUUCUCGGGAGGAGCCAAUUCAUUUGAGACGGAUGAUAUUGUAAAUUCAUGUUCUCAGAUGGUGCUUCAACUGCACAAUGUUUAUGAUCCAGAGAAGGUAAAGGUCAGGAUAAAAAUUGUCUCUGGCUCGCCAUGUGGUGGUGUAGUGGCUGCUGAAGCCAAGAGAAUUCAAUCAAACUGGGUUAUAUUGGAUAAACUAUUAAAAUAUGAAAAGAAAUACUGCAUGGAAGAGCUGCAAUGCAACAUUGUUGUUAUGAGACGAUCUGAGCCUAAGGUUCUUCGUUUGAAUUUCAUCAAUUCUCCCAAGAUGGAACCUGAAAUGAUUUGCCCUUUAUUGUCUGAAUCAGAAGCCUGUUCAGAUCAUUUCAUCAGCAAGUUUGAAGGGUCUAAUAUGAUUAGAGUGCCAGCUGUAACUCCUGCAAGUAGUCCUGAACAUGAGUCACUGCUUACCAGAACUGAUGUUGGAACUUCAUCAAUAUCAAGCUCAUCAGAUCUGGGGACUUCACCUCUUUUGUUAUCUGGAGCCCAUAGGAGCUUAAAGAGAGAGUAUCACAAACAUUUGACUGAAUCUGAUUCUGACACAAACAGCGAAAAGCUGAGUUCUUCUUUCUCAAGUUCUUUUUUCCAGCCAUGGAUGACCGAUUUUCUCAGUGCUAGUAAUGAAUUAUCAAAACAUAUGGUAGAAGGUUCAGAAAGACCCUAUGAUAAGUGCUUGAUGUCUGCAUAUGGAUCCUUGCUAGAGAAUUUGUCCAAACUAGAUAGAGAACCUGACGUUGGUGUGCUGAAUUAUAGACUUGAUUUGAACUUAAGCAGAAGUGUGAGAGAAGCAAUUUCAUUAUCCACAAAUGUACCUCCUGGUCCUCCUCCACUGUGUUCCAUCUGCCAGCACAAGGCACCUGCAUUUGGGAACCCUCCUAGGUGGUUCAAUUAUGCUGAACUGGAACUCGCCACUGGUGGCUUUUCACAAGUAAAUUUCUUGGCCGAAGGUGGAUUUGGUUCUGUAUACAGAGGUGUCUUGCCAGAUGGCCAGGUAGUUGCAGUCAAGCAGUAUAAAUUGGCUAGCUCUCAAGGUGAUCUAGAAUUCUGCUCAGAAGUCGAGGUGUUAAGCUGUGCACAACAUCGUAAUGUUGUGAUGCUAAUUGGGUUCUGUGUGGAGGAUGGAAGAAGAUUGCUUGUUUAUGAGUAUAUCUGCAAUGGAUCUUUGGAUUCUCAUCUUUAUGGGCAAGAUCAAGAUCUCUUGGAAUGGGCAGCACGACAAAAAAUUGCAGUUGGAGCAGCUCGAGGGUUGAGAUACCUUCAUGAAGAGUGUAGGGUUGGUUGCAUUGUCCAUCGUGAUAUGAGACCUAACAACAUCCUUCUGACCCAUGAUUUUGAACCACUAGUUGGAGAUUUUGGACUGGCAAGGUGGCAACCGGAUGGAGAAAAGGAGGUGGAAACUAGAGUACUUGGAACAUUUGGGUACUUGGCUCCAGAAUAUGCUCAAAGUGGACAAAUCACAGAAAAGGCUGAUGUAUACUCAUUCGGGGUAGUACUGGUGGAGCUUGUAACAGGACGGAAAGCAGUGGACAUAAAUCGCCCCAAGGGCCAGCAGUGCCUUACUGAAUGGGCACGACCCUUGCUAGAAAAGCUUGCAGUUGAAGAAAUGAUAGACCCUCGGUUAAGGAAGUGCUUUUCAAAGCAAGAAGUUGACAAGAUGCUGCAAUGUGCCUCCUUGUGCAUCAGGCGGGAUCCUCUUACAAGGCCUCGCAUGUCUCAGGUGCUACGGAUUUUGGAAGGUGACACUGCCAUGAAUAAUCCAAUCAACUCAUGUUAAUAUUAAUGUAAGAGUAGGCGUAGCAGAGCAGCGGGGAUUGAUUGAUCACAUUCAAUAUUAUAAUUACAAUAUCGAAUGAGGACGGACGACAAUCUGUUAAUAUAACUUCUUUUAUUAUAUACACGGUUGAUGUCAUACUGUCAAUGCCCCACUCGCAUGAUCUUUUUUUUUCUUUUUAAUUAUUACAAUGAAUAUCCAUUGUUCAACCCCACCAUGAUUUUGUUUUCUUUUAUUAUUUAUCAUUACAGUAUUUUUAUUAUUAUUA